AUGGAAUAUCUCUCUCGGCUGCUUCAACUUGGAGCUAUGAUGCCUGCUUUUUGGUUCCACCCAAUGUGUAAAAGUCUCAAGAUCAUCAACUUAUGUUUUGCUGAUGAUUUAGUGAUUUUUUGUAAAGCUAACUGUGGCUCUGUUCAAAUUAUAAAACAGGUUUUUGAUGAUUUUUGCAACAGUUCUGGUAUGAAGGCCAAUCUCAGGAAGUCACAAGUGUUUUUUGGUGGCAUAUCUACUCAAGAUAAGGCUCAGUUACAACAGGUUUUACAUCUUGAAGAAGGCUCAUUCCCUCUCAAAUAUCUUGGGAUUCCUAUGCGACCUACUAAGUGGAAUGAGGCUGACUGUGGUGAAAUACUGAAAAAAAUUAAGCUUAGGCUUCACACUUGGUCUAGCAGGCAUUUAUCUUAUGCAGGUAAGGUUCAGCUUAUUUCCUCAGUUCUUUUGGGGCUGCGCAACUAUUGGAUGAAUAUUUUCUUAUUGCCUCAGAGUAUAAUAAAAGAGGUUGACAAACUUUGUAUGUGGUUUCUUUGGGGCAACAAUGGUUCCUGGAGUAACUUUCAUCUCACUUCAUGGUCUAAUGUUUGUUUGCCUAAAUCGUUUGGAGGAUUGGGUUUUGGUGAAGGAACUAAAUGGAACAAGGCCAUGCUUGGAAAAUAUAUUUGGGCAAUUAGCCAUCAACGGGAGGCUUUAUGGGUGAAAUGGAUUCAUUCCGUGUACUUAAAGGGACAAACUUUUUGGCACUACCAACUUAAGGCUGAUACAAGUUGGUACUGGAAAAAAAUUUGUCAAUUGCGAAGCAUUUUUACUCAAGAGGAUAUUGAUAAAGCUAGUAGUCAAGGGAAAUUUAAAAUUGGGCUGUUAUAUGCUAGUCUUAUUCACCAAGCUCCUGUCAAAUACCAUCAAUUUGUGUGGAGCAGAAUGAGUGUUCCCAAGCAUAAAUUCAUCACUUGGCAAGCUAUUAAUUCUAAGCUUUUAACUAGAGAUCAUCUACUUCGAGUUUUUAUGCUUCUUGAAUCAACUCUAUGCCCGGUUUGUGAGCUGGUUGAUGAGAGCCAUAGCCACUUGUUUUUUGACUACAUAUUUUCCCAGCAGGUGGUUCGGCAUAUUCAGGAUUGGGUUAGCUGUAAUUGGCUUCUUUGUUUCUCUGUCUGGACUGGUUGGAUUGAAGACAUGAGGAGGGGAGUUCGUGCCUCGUUAGUGGCGGCUAUUUUCUCAGCCACAGUUUAUUAUCUUUGGCAUAAUAGGAACAAUUGUUUUAUUCAUCAUUACUCUCUUAGUGUCAAAGCUGUGAUUGAUAUGAUCAAAAAAGACAUCAUGUAUAGACUUAGUUUUUCUCAUAAGAAACUGAGAGGCUUUGAGCUUAGUUUUUGA